AUGUCUUCGAAGUCUUCGCCGUCUGACCCUCCCGCGUCGCUCGAGCUUAUCGCCGGCAAUCGACUACAAGUCAAGAUACUGGACCUUCGGGUCGAGCAUGUCGAUAUCAUAGGCGACUCGUCCAACAAGGUGCUGUCAUCCAGCCAGAUCCUGUUCGAAGGCUCGAAUGAGUGGAUCGGGUACGAUCGCCGCUAUGGCUCGCAGACUCAAGACGAGAUGGCAGCGCACCAGCCGGACGAGUACUCUCAGGAUGGUUACUCGCAGAAGCACUACUACCGUGGCUCGGGCACGACUCAGCCAUCGGUUGAUCGUACUACAUCGCCAACAAUCGACGAUAGCUGCAUCCAACUGCAGGCGGAGUUGAUCAACCACCUCAGCGAGUUCUUUGCAGACAGACGGCGGCGCAUUCCAGUCAAACUCGCGCGUGCAGCGCUGGAGGUACGGCCUGAGGGACGUUCGGAGUAA